UAUUUUCAUUCCGAAAUGUCAUUUCCAAUAACUUCCGGUAACGCAUGCUCGCGUCUCCAAAAAUGGUUCCGUUCGUCGACUGUCUUGUGUAAUGCCUGUCUAAUUAUUGCUUAUGAAUUAUCCAUAAUUUGUCCCUUUUUUUAAAUUUAAAACAAUGAUGAAACCUCUUUUUAUCUUUCCGUGUAUAUUUUUAUACUGUUUAGCUUCAGAAUUUAUCGCUGAGGACUUUGAACAAGGACCUUCUAUAGCUAUUAGGUUGAGUAAGAGACUGGAACGAUCGAAGCGGGGCCAACAGGAUUUGUUGCAAAACAGUGAUGAUGCCCAGAGUGAAACACAAACACCCACCAAACAGGCAGAUAAUCUGCGAGGAAAUAUAAAAACACCCGAUCGGGAUAAUUCGGGUACGUUAUCCGUUUCUGGAUCACAGGCUGAGCAUGGCGUCUGCUACUAUAACAAGAAUACAAGCGUCAUCAUCAAAACAAACAGCUCUCUGACAGCGGGAGCAAAAUUCAUGAAAUAUGCCCAGGCUGUCAAUAGUAUGGACUGUGCCAAAAAAUGCUGUGACACAAAAGGAUGCAAUGAAGCUAUAUUCGAGAAUAAGAAGGACCACAGCUGUUACCUUUUUGACUGUGGAAAUCCAAGUGUUUGUGUUUUUGCCCCACACAACAGCUACAUCUCCAUGAAUUUCCAGCAAAUAAAAAAUAAAGUGGAGACAUCUCACGCACACCUUGCAAUCAAACAUGAAAGUGAACUGGCAGGCCUCGAUAACCAAGGCUCUUCAAAGGACUCUAUAGUACAAAGUACCACAACUACAACAACAACAACAACCCAUACUACAUUCCAGCCUACUACUUUGAAAAAAAGAACAAAAAUAGUGUCUCUUGAUGAUGUGUGUACACCAGCAGAUGAAUGUGAGGAUAAACAUGCAGAAUGUAUUCAAGAGAAAUGUAGGUGUCAGGAGGGCUAUAUCAUCAAAUAUGGAAUUUGCAGAAAACAAUGUGACAAACAUCAUUUUGAGUGUGAGGAAAGAGGUUCUAAGAGUAUCGGUGUAGAAUGCAUUGAGCUGGCGAAUGUUUGUGAUGGAGUACCUCAAUGUGGUGAUGGUUCAGAUGAGUUUGGAUGUUCUUCUAAUGCAUUCAAAGAUGGAAGGCAAAAUGAAAUUCUUUACCAAGUGGAUGCUAAUCCCAAGAAAAUGCCUACUGAUAAGUUCAGAAAGAUAAAAUUGAAACCAGUCGGUCCUAGUGUAUCUCGGCAUGAUGAAAGCAGUAAUAAACUAUUAAAACAGAAAGGUCAGUUACCAAUAGCUAAGUAUAAUACUGAAACUAUGAUAAAAAAGGACAAACCAAAAGAAGCAUUACUCAAUCCAAAAGAAUUUGCAACUUCAAAUCCACCUGUUGCUCAGAGAGGUAAAGGACAACAAUUUUCUAAUCAUAACACCAACAUCAAUCAAGGUUGGGUUAAAAGUGAUGGCUCUAAGGAUUUACUUCAAGAAAAUGAUGGAAAUUCAAAGAAACUCUCUCUCGGUGAAGAUAUAAUUCAGCCUUCAUCACGAGAGACUGACAGACACAGAGCAAAUUCAGCUUCUUCAAAUAGAAUAUGGAAUCAAAAUCAGCUAUCACAAUAUCAAAAACAUCCUGAUGUGAACCCUCAGUAUGUUGGCAAUAGAAAUUUCAUAUCAAAUUACCCAAACCAACACCAGCAAUUAGGCAUAAACCAAGUUGAUAAUCAAGGUUUUGUAGGAUCAGGACAUAAACAAUCUGGUCUGAUUGCUGAAGAAAAUCAAAAGUUUGCUAUAAACCAACCAAAGUCUUACAAUAGACUCAAUGGUGAUUCUCAAGAGGAGUUGCUUCCUGGGGCUAAUAAUCAAGUUCAGUUACCACAAAGAUCAAGACAGCGCUAUCAAACUGCUAACCAGAAUUAUAUGGACAGUCAGUAUAUCUCAGACAAUAGUCAGUUCCCUCAGAAACAGAACUUGUAUGGUUAUUCUGGAAAUAACUAUGCUUACCAACAAAAGGUAGCUGCUACUUAUAAUAAUGGUUAUCCUGUUCUUCAACCUCAAAAUUCUGGUAUUAACCAAGAUGGUGUCAACUAUGUCCAGAAUACAGCACAGGCUUACAAUUGGGGUGACUACCCCAAUGAUUACAUGUACACAGACCAAAAUUCAGACUACAGUAAUUUGGCUGCCAACACAGCUCAAGGUUAUCAGUAUGCACCAGAUAAUGGAAGAGUAAACCAGGAUCUGCAUAAUCUUGGAAACGGUAACAGACCUUCAGACAAUAUCAAACAAAUCCAUCCAAAUGGUGUUCAAGUCCACUACCAAGCUACAGAAAACAAAAUUAGAGGUAAUCAACAGCAGCAACCUAACCUAGGUAAGAACAUGUCACCAGAUGUUAGGCCUGAUGCUCAAGAUCAUCCUAAAACAAGAUUCCAUACUGAGAGCAAAAUGCAAGCAGCAAACACAAAUACAGACUAUAAAGCAGAAACUGAUGGAACUGUCCAUUCCAAUGCAGCAUCUACUGAUAAUGAUAAUAAAGACAAAGUGAACGGUAAAAGUGAGAAUGAUCCUGUUGUAGCCAGCAGCAAGGAAUCUACAACUACAAGAUCAACAACUUUACAUCAGAAUAACUCCGUUACACAGAAACCAAUAAAAAGCGCAGCUAAAUUCUUUGAACAUUCCAACUACAUUCUGAAGAAAAAGGUUGUCGUAGCAAGUCCUUCAGACAAUGCACAAGGCCCUAUUGUGGCCCUUGCUCUUGGACUCUCCUUCACAACUAUGUUGUUAAUCUUUGUUGGCUGCCGUUUACACCGUGUGAAACGCAGACUACGCAAAGGUAGAGCUCUACAUUCAAAUGAAGCAGAUUACCUCAUCAAUGGUAUGUACUUGUAAGAUUUGGGCCUGAAGCAAGAAGUUUGAAACUGGCAACAAUGAUGUCUUUUGCAGUUUAUUAUCCAUCUUGAGUUGUAUUAUAUAAGCUGUGAACUGUGCUACAAAUUCCUUUGACAUGUAUGAAUGGCAUCCUGUAGAUGUUUAACUAAAAGAAUGAAUGUUGAUGUACAUCCUUCUUCCCCUUCCCCUUGGAGAUUUUGUCAAAGGAUCUUCAUGUUGAGAAGCAAGUUAAAUUCUAUAUUUCUUUUGUCUCUCUCUUUUUUUCUCUCUGCAUAAGACAUAUUGAUUAGCAAACUGCAUUUAUGUAAUUUUUUUCUAGUAGAAACUGUAUUUUUUUAAAUAUAAUUUUGGGUAUUUUUAAUGAUGCAAAUCAAAAUAUAAUUUUGACAAAAAAGAUUAUUUCUUGAUUUAAAAUUUUUUAAAAUUUCAUUUGAAAAGAAAAGAAAAAUUAUUAUUAUUCAUUAUAAAAAAAAAUAGUUUUUAUAUUUUGAUUUCUGUGAAUGAGUAUAGUUCAUCAAAAUAACUUUUUUUUCUAAUUGUAAGUGUUUUUUUUUCUUCUUUUUAUUGUAUGUAUCACUUAAAAUAUUUAAGAUGAAAUAUUGUUAAAAAAUUUUUUAUUUCCUUUUUAAAUUCUCAAUAAAUAUUGAUUUAGAAAAGUUGGAGAGAAAAGCCUUUAAUAAAAAGGUUCACAGGAUGCUUUCAUGACAGUUUAAGAUCUUUCCAAUGAAUUAAGAUGGCCUUUUGAAAAUUUCUUCUUUCUAACAAUCCUAUUAAAGUAUCGGAUAAAAUAAUCUCUUCAAAUCAAUGUUGUAUUUCACUAUAACUGCAACAAUUUCUUCAGACAAUAGUUAUUUUAUUUUAAUUAAGUUUAAAUGAUUAGUCAUCAAUUUCCUAAUUGAUUAUUAAUAGUCAUAUUCUAUCUGAACCAAUAUAAUAUAAUAUUAUAUAUAUUAUAUUAUAUACAUACAUAUAUAUAUAUAUAUAUAUAUAUAUAUAUAUAUAUAUAACACACACACAAAAUCUUCUUACCAACUUUCUUCACAAAUAGCCAAUUUAUAGGAAAAUUAUAGAUCAUUUAUUUCUGCAGUAUUUUAAUUAGAAAUGGUUGUGUUUUGGUAUCAGUUUCAGCUGCUACCUUUAUGCAAGAAAGCAUAUUGCCUAAUUCUUCCUUUCAUUGACUAAACUUCUAUUUGUGGUAAUUAACAACUUGUAUAUAAUAAACACAUUGAUCCCUACAAGGGGGCAUUCAAUGUUAGAAGUAAAUGUUUUCAUACAUAAAACAAUUACAAUAUAGUUAAUGUAAUUUUUGAUACUGUAAUGCCAUGUGAGUGAGUAUGUUUAGUCCACUGUUCCUGAACUAAUGUGAGUUACAGCUCAUAAAUAACAAGUAAAUGCAUUCGAAGAAAACCAGAUAAAUGCAUUUCUUUUCUUCUCUAUCAGCUGUGAAGUGGAUUCAUGGUGUUUUUUUAUUUUUUGUUAUCAACUUUGUUUUUAAUUCUGUAAAUAAAGCCCUCUUUCUUCCCACCGUUUUCAUCUACUAAAACCACCUAAGAUUGUUUUGCUACUGUUAAGUGUGAGAUUACAGUAAUAUUUUUGGAUUAGUUAACUUUUGCGUUUUAUUGUAGAUAAAGCUUUAUCUCUGUUUCUAUCCUGCCUAUGCAAUGCUAUUUACUCCAUGGCUUCUCAUUGUUAAUAAGACCAUCCACAAGUUGUUCUUAUUUUUAUUAAUUUUUAAUCAAUAGCUAUUUUCUUUAUGCUUUUCAAAAUUGUUCUUUUUCCAUUUCUCCAUUUGUAUUGGCAAAAUAUUUCUUGGAAUUUGGUAAUUAAUUUUUCUUGUAGAAGAAACCUAAUUCUAUAUCUAAACUGAAGUAAUUUCUGUCAUUAUGCAGUGUUAUUUUUGUUAUCUAUAAGAAAAAUCUAGUCAAUAUAAAAAAAAUAUAUUAGUGACUAGCUUGUUGAUAAACAUUAUAGGGAUGGGAUUUCUUAAAAGUUCUUAUUACAUGUUAUCAGUGAACCAAAUUAUAGCUAAGCAGCUUAUGUAAUGAAAUCAUACCACCUUAAAGAUCAUUAUUUAAACUGAAUAACUCUCUUUUUGUACAUUUUAUACUCACGGGGUUUCUUGUUUUCUCUGUAUGGUAAUAUGGUAAAUACUAGCCAAGUGAGAAAUUUCUAAUCUCUCUCUUAACUACAUUCCAAUAAGUCUUGCUAACUGAAACUAUCAAUUGUAUGGGAUCUUCUUAUAUACAAAAUUGCUUUCGUUAGUUUGUAAAACAAAGAUGUCGUUAUCCAUAGAAACUUUACUACAUCAUUCUCUUCAACCUCUUCUGUACUUGUAAUAAUUACAUGAUAGUAAAUAAACUUACAUGUAGGCAUAUGACACCAUUCAUGACUAAAAACUGAUAGGAAAUUUGGUUGCCUUUGCUUACUUAUAGUGAGAUUACAGACGUGACUUGACCAAAUGUUUUACCCACCAAGCUUUACUACUGCUCAUCCUGAGAAAAUGGUAAAGAUUUUAUAUGUGUAUGUAUGAAUGUAUGUAAAUAUAUGUAUUUAAAGGUGUCUAAGUGAUUAUCAAAUUAAGUAGUGUUCUCUUAUUAAUAGAUAGUGUUGAAACAACUUUUAGAGAUGCUUAAUGCAAACCAUUGCCAGAAAGUAAUUGCAGUUUUGAAAAUUGUUAUUUGUUCUUUGCUUUUUAAGACAUAUUUGACAGUUUGACAUUAUAAUUGCUGAGUGCUAAUAUUCAAUCCAUGUUUAUACCAAAAAAUAAUUUCAUACAGAAAUUCUUACUACAUUCCAGAAUGUUCAAUUUAUUUAUAUUCUUUACCUGUGUUUUUUUUUAACUGUACCUCCAAACGUUUAUAACAUAUUGUACAGAGACCUGUUAGUUUAUUCAGCUUUGAUUGUUACUUUAUUAUGCUUUAGAUCAUCUUCAAUUUCUCUCUUAUUGCUUGAUUAAAUUUAAUGUCUGAUAAGUCUUCACAAAAAGUUUUUACAGCAUUGCACAUAUGGUGUCAGGUUUAGAUUUUCUGUAUUGCAAAGUGUAGAAAAUAAAAUGUCUUCUUCCGUUUGCACAGUGUAAAAGUAGUAUAUUUUGUCAAAUUUAAGUUUUAAAAUAUAAAAAAAAAAAGAACUGCAGUAAAUUUUAAUUGGUUUAAAUUAAACCAACAUAUAAAUUAUUAAAUUACACCCAAGAAGGGAAAUGAUUAGGUUUGUAAAAAGUACUGCAUAACUUCAACUACUCCCUCCUCAUAUUUUGAUUUGAGUUUUCUAAUCGUGUGAAUUCCAAAAUAUAUUGGAAACAAAAUUUUGACAAUGACACAUGAGCUGUAGAUAUGUUAUUGAGCUUAGAUUUAAUUUGUAUUGUGAAGAGAUCAAUCUGCUAAUUUAAGAAUACACCUGACCCAAAAGGUUUCACUUUCACUCAUUUUCACACAGACACACACAAAAUCUCAAUCCACUUAGAUUUUCUUUAGGAUUUAUAUUUUGGUAAUAUUUCCAAAUUUAUUCAUAUUUAGGCUGUAAGGAUUAAAUGAAAGUAAAAAUACAGAAAAAUAAUAAUUAUAAAUAAAUGCUUUAACAUUUUAUGAAAUCUUUAAUAACUGUGGUACCAGAAAUGAGAGUAACUCUUUAAACAGAACAUUGAUUGCUAUUUGAAUAUAAUUCAGAUAAAAGGCUAUCCUAGGUUACCCUUGUUUAUCAUGGCAAUAGAAAAUAUUUGUUGGACUAUCUGACACACAUAAGUUGUGAGUUAACAGGAUUAGAUAAUGAAACUUAAUUUUCUGUUUCCUGUCACUGUAUUAUAACUUUAAUACAUUACUCACAGAAAUGAAUAUAUAAUAGUAUGGCUUUAUUAGCUGUAUACUGCAACUACAUUUUAUACAUUCCAUGAACAACUUCUGUUAAUUUGAUGUUGCAAAUAAGUGUCAUUUCCUUGUAUAUUUUUCUCUUAAAUUAUUGUUUUUACUAUUUGUUAUUUCAUUAGUGUUAUAUUAUAUAUAUAUACAUUACUAAUGAUUAAUAUAGUGUUUGCAUUCAUUUUAAAGAAAUUAGAAACUUUAGAAAAUUAUUUCCAAAAUUACAUGUUUCUAAAAAGUGCAGUUUAAAAAUACUUUUUGAAUAUGACAGAGUAAUGAAGAAAAUCUGUAUAAUGUUGAAAGCCAUAAUUUAAGCAAAAAUCAUUAAUAUUAUGAGACAAUAUAGUAUGAUGAUUAUGUCAAUAAUUUAUUUGUUUAAGGGACUGGCAACAAGAAGGGCAUCCAGCCAUAAAAAUACUGCCUCAAAUAAGUACCUAAUUUAAACUAGCAUAGAAAAAUGGAGACAAAAUGAAUGAAUUAAACUAUAAUGUGCCACAAAUAAUAAAAAUUAUGGACUCUUAGUUUAGAUCUUUAUGAAAUUGCUAAAACUCGGCCCUAUAUAAUAUUUGUUAGUACAUUAGAUGUAAGUUUUUAAUUUGAAGCAUAACAAGAAUUAAAUCAUUUGAGCCCCUGCAAUUAAUUUCAAAGGUCUUUGAAGACAUCAUCUACAACCUUAGAUGUUUCUGCCUGUUGUAUUAGUUAUGCAUGUGCAGACAUACACACACACUCUGAGGCAUGCUCAAAGCAAGCAGAGUAUAUAGUUUAUUGAAAACAAACGUCUUUCUCAUGACUCAAGUUUCACCUGAUUGCAAUCCUCAGGUGAGUCUGUAUUGUCUGAAGAUCACAGUAACAUGAAACUUAGGCUGUGAGAUACAUAUUCAGUUUCAAUAAAACUGUGUGUGUAUGUGUUUUUCACUUUUCCAAACAGUUCUAUAUUGUUCAUGUUACAGUUCUUAACUCUCAAGUAAAGCACAUAGAAAGGAAUCUAUAGACAAAAAUAUUUGCUGCAAUUACAAAAAAACUCUUUACAAUUAGAGAAUUACCAUCUGAACUGAUCCUAAACUGACCCUUAAUAUCAUAUCAAAAUUUAAACAGUUGUAGGGGAUUUUUGUUUUAUUUCCUUUCCUUUUCUUUGAACAGAUGGUAGCAACUUAUCCAAUAUCUAGAAUAGAUAUAGUGUUUAUUUUACUAUUUCAUUGCUUUAAAAAGAAAAUUGAUUUAAACUCUGUAUUUAGGUAAUGGUUCAACAUUAAAUUCCUGGUAAAUAAAAUUCAUAGUUUAGUUUUGAUUCUCAGUUACUGCACUAAACCUUCACAUUCCAUUUUUUGUCCUCCUUCAUAUAAUUUUGUAUGGUUUCAUGCCAGAUUAAAAAAACAAAAAAAAUGCUAUUUCCAAAAUUCUGUUUUGGAGGUAAAUUAUGUUGAUAUUUUAAUUUAAUUUCAUUUACGGGAUUUUUCAUCCUAAAUUAAAAAAUAAAACAAGAUCUGUUGUUAUUUUUGUUGUUAAAAUACCUUUUAUUUGUAUCAAGCUUUGUAACUGUGAUAAGUUAAAGAUAUAUAUUCAUGUCCAUUAAAAUAGAAUACUGUGGAAGCUUCAGACUGUUAUUUUGUUUGUUGAUUUUUCAGGUGUUUUUUACUUUUUGUUAGUAUACUUAUUUUUAUUUCCUGACUGGGAUGGUAAAAAUUCAUACAUCUUAAUAUCUCCUGAGGGUUCCCAAUCACAGAAAAUCUGGAUUUAUACAAUUUCUAUGGAAAUAGAGAAAAAAAAAUUGAAUAAAACAAAAAAGAAAAUUACAUAUAGUUGGUCAACAAAUUGAUUGCCCACAUUUACUACCACUGGUUGGCUACAUUUGAAACCUUAUUACUAUAAUAAGCAUUGUGAUUUUGGUGUCAAACUGUAAACCAUGUCCUCAAUUUAGUUGCUAAUUCCAUCCCAUUUGGAUUUUUCUUUGAUCUCUCCAGAUACAAUGAUUGGUUUGCAGAUAGUACUGUAUUUUGCUUGUACUCCAUGACUUUUGCACCAUAAUUUGUAAUGUGUCAUAAAUAAACUGGUUAUGUAUUCACAUUUAAA